AUGAGAUACUAUUGCUAAUAGUCUCUUAAUGGUGAAGAAUUUAAUGUUAAAAGCUUUGAUGGCAUCAUUAUAAAUUGCAUGUACUAUAGGGUAAAUAAAGCUUAUCCACCUAUAGAUGAAGAGUGCGCUCUUCCUGAAUUUUUCAUUAACAAAAGAUAAAGUGAGUAAUUCAAAGAUGAAACUGAUACAACUAAAGCUUAAAUUAGAUCAGGAUACAUAAAAUCUGUAGAGAGCUCCCCUCAUCAAGAAUCCCAACCUGUAGUUAUGCUAUUCAACCCCAAUGGUAGUUUUUAUGAGUAUCAAAGUUUACAGCACGACAUUGUUAAUAUAUAUUAAAAAAGGGGAGUUAAUGUCCUAAUGUUCAACUAUAGAGGCUGCCUUAGGAGCUAAGGUAAGCCUGAUAUUAAUGCUAUUGAAAGAGACUCAUAUGAUGUUUAUAGAUUGUUUAGAUAAAAGUUUGGAGUAAAUUAGCCUAUUGGAUUUCACGGUAUAUCAAUGGGUGGAUACUUUGCGAUUAGAUUAGCUAGCAAGCUAAAGCCAGAUGAAGUGGCUUUUAUAAAUGCAGAUAGAACAUUCUCAGAUUUCUAAUUGAUGAUAAAGAAUAAGUAUGGAUGGCUCAGUUCGAAGCUUUUUUCUUGCAUUAUUGAAUGGAGACUGAACACAAUCCAUUAUUACAAAAAGCUAAGAGUUAAGCAUAAAGUUGUCUCCUAUGAUCCAAACGAUUAACUCAUUACUAAGGAUGGAUAAAUUUUUUACUAUAUGGUGAAUGAAUACGUUAAAUAUACUUUUACCAAUAAGUUAUUUAAAUCAUAGAAUCUUGACGAAAUUAAGCCCAGUAUCUAGGCUAAAUAAAUUGUAGUGAAGGAAGAUAUAUGUGAUUCUGUAAUGCAGGAGUUAAUUGAUAUUGAUUAUAAAAAGACAGUUAUGAAUCUAGUAUUUAUUGCGAAAUUUGUAAAGAUAAUGGAGGGUAUAUCAGUUAAAGAUGAUAAUGAAGACUAAAGAUUUUCUACUGCUAUAAAUAACACUAAUUUCAAUCAAGAUAGAUCUUUCAACUAGCUUUUGGAAAAUGAUGGUAACAAUAAUCAAACCAAUUUUGAAACUUAGAAAUCAAUUAGAUGCAAAGUUAAAAAAGCAAAGAAAUAUAUGGUCGAAGAAAAUCACCUUAAGUUAAAGAAGCUAAUUGGAAUUAGGUCUACUUAUUUACUAAAAUCAACUGACUUGACCUCCCUAAGGAAAUUGGCAAAAAAUUUAGAUUUUUUUAUGAGAAAAACCAGAACAUGUGGAAUAUCCUUAAAAACUAUGAUCAAUAAUUAAAAAAAGAAUAGUAAACAUUAGGAAAAUUUAAAAACUUUCUUGUUAAAUCUAUAGUUCUGGGGAAUUCAGCAUUCUUCUCAAUCUAUUCAAAACCCAAUCAAUGGUUUUUACGAGCUGAACUCUGUGUUAUCCUAAGUUUUAUUUACUCUAAAAAAUUGGAAAUUAAAAUAGGUGAUAUCUAAUAGAACAGAGCUAGAUUCUUAGAGAAGAAUAAAAAUGAGUGAAAAUUCAAUUUUUGAAAUUCCUUAAUCCCUACAAAGCGUAGUGGAUUUCAUUAGUAAUCAGUUUAUUAAAGCGCUCUAGGAUAGACUUAUAAACCAAGACCGUUCUGUGCCUGUGGACGGCUGUGAUGUUCUUGAUUAGAGAUAUAAAUACAUAGGCGAUCUAAUUAGACUAAAAUGUGGUCAUGCUGGAGAAUACACUAGAAAAGACAAAAAAAUUUAUUAUAACUAUCUAGAGAGGAUUAGCUUUAUAAAAAAAGAUGUUAAAGUAAGUAAAUUUUCUCAGAGACCUUCAUUAACUGGAUAUCCCUUGCAACCAAAUUUACAUCAAAAAGUCUCUACUCAAACUAGCAGUUGA